AUGUUAUGCGGUCGUAUUACCUUGUCGAGCAGGAUUUACACCGCAGCCUAUACUCCCACCGCUUCUAUUCACUCUUCCAUAGUUGAAAAUUCAAUAGGACGUUAUGCCAAGUUGCAAAAAAGAAAGGAUCCUCUGGCGGCGUAUCCACCAGAAUUUCGGGCGAAACUCCGGGAUUGGCCGAAGUUGCUACAGGCAGAAAUUGACGAAAGCGUUUCUCAUCUCAAAGAGCUUCGUGAGUUCGCCGAUCUUCGACAGCUGGAAGAACGAGGGCUACUCAUUGCAAAUCUUAGGCUGUUGUCUGAUGAUCUUCAUCCAAUUAGUGGGCGUACAGUUGUCCUAAAAAGAAUUGUACUCGCAAAUGGAACUGAUCGGUCGAAAAUAUUCCGCGCAGGUGCCCCAGUAGCUUUAAGAGAAACGAAAUCAUUGAGAGAAGUGGCAGAAUGCGUGAUGUUGGCGUCAAAUCGCAAGGAGAUCACGGUAAAAAUUCGACCGUCAAGCGCAUCGAGAUCUCUCAACGGUGACACCGAUUAUAUCCUUACUUUAUCGCAGUCCAGUGGAGCCUUACAUUCUGUGCAGGAUUUCUUCUUGCAAAACAAAGUGGCCGACAAGCCUGGUGUAGAUUUACUGGGUUAUGCAUUCCGUGCAAGGAACAUGCCUUCAAUACAUAAUGACCGUAUGAUUUCCGACCUCUCUGACGAGUUUAAUGAAGGUCAGCGUCGAGCGGUCAGCGCUGCUCUCAACAAAAGGCGACCAUUCGUGGCCAUUCAAGGGCCGCCAGGCACCGGAAAGACCAGAGUAGUAGCGGAGAUCGUUCGGCAGUUGUACAAGAAGAAAUUGAAGACCCUCGUUUGUGCGCCUUCGCACGUUGCCGUGGACAAGGUGAUGUCCGAGGUCCUGAAAAUUGUCGACAACACUGAGGAUGACGGGGAUGUUUCUCUCUCUAGUGAGGAGAAUGAUGUAAUCGCUGAUGCUGAGACAAUCGAAGAUGCGAUCUCAUCGCAUGAGAAGUAUUUGGAUCUCUGUGACUUAUUUGACAAGAUGAAUGGAUUGUUGGACCCUGAAGAUCGAGGGAGGCUGAAAACGGACGCUAACAAGUUGAAGUGGAAGAUCAUCAAGGAUGCUUAUAAGAAACGACUUGUCAUAUUCUGUACUUUAACUUCAUCUGCGGUUCAAAGAUUAGCGCAAGUUAACUGGCAUCCCGAUGUUAUAAUUAUUGAUGAAGCUGCGCAAGCGUCAGAGCCCGUUUCGUGGGCGGCGAUAGUACAAGCUAAGCGCUGCAUCCUGGCAGGAGAUCAUGCGCAACUUCCCUCAACGAUUUUGUCGAGGGAGGCCCUCAAGGGAAAUCUUCAUGUUUCUCUGAUGGAAAGAAUGAAUGAAAAGAUAAUGCAGUGGUCGUCUCGCCAGUUCUAUGAUUCUAGAUUAAUUGCAAGUGAAGAGGUGUCGAAAAUUACUCUAAGUGACAUUUCGUUAAUAGAGAGCAGUUCUGAAAUCAAUAAUCCGUUAAUUAUGAUAAACACGGAUCUCAUCAAUAAAACAGUCAAGAACCCUUACAAGGAGGUGCAGUCACAGAUGUCCUACAAAAAUCCAGGAGAAGCUGAACUUGUGAUUCGUUAUGUGCAGAUUCUGAAGUCUAUAGGAAUACCUGGAAGAGAGAUCGCCGUCAUUUCACCAUAUUACGCACAGGUAGCAGCAAUACGAGGCCUGCUAGGUGACACUGAUGUGUCAGCGAAUACGGUGGAUUCUUUCCAAGGACAGGAACGGGAGGUUGUUGUGUUCAGCAUGGUCCGUCACAAUGAAGAAAAAUCUAUCGGUUUCCUGCAAAAUGAAAAGCGCUUAAACGUCGCGAUCACUCGAGCAAGAAGGCAAUUCGUUUUGAUUGGAAGCGCUCGUAUGAUGAGCAGUAAUCAGCAUUUGCGCUCACUUUUGCGGACUAUCCAAGAUGUUGGGAAGAUAUAUAGACCGAAAAUAAUGGAGGACUUUGAAAAAGAAGUGGUUGCGUUGACUUCGAGCUCACCAAGGAACUCAUUUUCGGGCCGACAAUCAAUUAAUGGCGCUGAGAGUGUAAUCAAUAGCGAGACCGCGACGCGACCGCCCCGUGUGCAGCGAUCCCUCCAUCGAUUUGCAGUCAACGACGCCUCGCCACGUUGUCACCACUGCUUGCUAAGGAAGUGCGUUGAUUACGAGAAUUCUGAAGAGAGAACAAAUGCUGCCGACGUGCGAGCAUUCUUCUCUGGUCUACGAAUUCCUGACGGUGCCGUGCACAUAGUAGGAGGAGACGAAGGUGAUGCAUUCAUCGGAUUCGCUACCGACGAAGACGCAAGACAAGCGAUGCGGCGAGAUCGCGGAAACAUUCACGGACAGGAGGUACGUCUAUUCCUAUCGUCACGCGCUGAGAUGAACGAAGUAAUCACACGUGCCAAAGCAGCAGUUCUAGGAAUUCGAGUGCCGUCGCCGCCUCGUACUACUCUGCAACCAGCUGUAAUUCAACAAGUAACAGAGCAACCAAUCUCUGGAAUGGAUUACACAGCUCAGACACAGCAGCCAACACAACAACAGUACGCCGUCCCAGUCGUGUCUGAACAGUCCUUAAAGCCGUCGUCGUUCGCUCCUGAUCCAUCCGAAUUCAACAAACCGCUCUAUAUGCGUGGCCCACCACAACCACAACAGCCCCAACAUGUACCAGCAGCACCACCACAACAGCCAGUGAUUCCCGCGCAAAAUGGUGAUUACCACUCGGCUCAUAGACCUGCUUACCCUUCCCCUGCUGACAACUACGCAUCACCCGCACAUGUGCAGUCACAGAAUCCCCCUCGCCCUCAUGCUCCACCGCCUGCGGAAUCUUCGCAGAGUUAUGAGAAGAGGUAUCCACCACGCCACCCUGAACCAAGAAAUUACUCACAGCAGGCUUCGUAUAGACACGAAGAUAAUUAUUUCAAUCACCAAGCACAGCAGCAUAAUGUCGAGCCCGCGCCGAGGUUUUUCGGAGCUCCGCCCAGGAACCCAACUGUGAUCCGUCCACCUCCGCCAGGAAUGACAAUGCCUCCUGGGUAUCAUCAACCGCCAAAGGAUACCCAAACACAGAAUGCCCCAACAUCUGGUAGGGAUGGAGCGGCACCUCGGCAACCUUACGGAGUGACAAACUCGCAGUUUCGUGGGCCUCCUGGCCCUUCGCAAGGAAGAGAAUCGGGAGAGGAAAACAAUAAUAUGGGUUAUCAAGCCCCGAAUCAGCAAGAACGCUACAAUGGACCAGUUGCCUUGCAACGACAAUCUCAGCAGCAGGAUGAUCAACGGAAUCUGCCCGGAGGCCCGCAUGCUCCGUAUCCUCAAGAUACCCGCAAUCACGUCAAUGGCAACGCUCCAGCUCCAUCAGUGAAUAGACAAUCAACAGCUCCUCCACGCCCUUUUCCACCACAAAGAGAUUCGUGGCGAGCAGAUAAUGGUCCUGCCCAACACUCUGGUGCACCCCCAAUGGGUUCAAACGCGCCAAGGACGGAUAAUCAUACUGGGGCCGGCGCUGGACAGCCACAGCGCAAACCUUUGCUGAGCACCACACCGUUGGGAGCGUUCAAUGAUACAUCAAGACACUCCGGCCCGCAAAGCGGACCUGGUCCUCGUGUACCACCUGUCCCUCCCAGAAAUCCACUCGGACCUCCACAACUAGCAGUAAACAGGACCCCACUGCUUGGACCAAAUUUUGGUGCUGGACCAACUCUGCCGAGGAGCUCUCAAAACGUUGCAAAGUAUGUGGAACUUAGCCGAUUACCAACGGAGAUGUUACGACCAGCUGUGCUAGAACAGUUUCUCAGACCAUCGGUGCCUCUUCAGGUUUCGUCGGUGAAGGUUGUUUAUAGCUCCCAAGGAAUUCAUAUGCACACGUUGGUGCGCUUCGAUAAUCCAGCAGAUGCUGAAGCGGUGAUCAGCAGGAAUGGAGAACUUGGGAUACGAGUGCGCCGGUCAACCAAGGCUUUGUUUGAUGAAGCUGUUGAUGGAAUCCCACCAGCUGUAAUUGCAGCAUCCGAUCAAAACAGCGACAACGGAGAUCGUAAGCGUGAGACUGACCACUCCUCUCGACGUCGUUCACGCUCUCGUAGCCGAGAAAAACGUCGAAAUAGACGUGACUCAUCUCCACGUAAGCGUCCAAGAUCUCGUUCCCGCAGUCGUGAUCGUCGGUCUGCCAGACGCUCGCGAAGUCGUUCCCCUAAGAGGGCCAGGCAGACGUCAACGCGGUGGUGUCUGCAACUGACGAAUGUACCGUUUCGAUGCACUGAGUCAGAAAUUUACGAGUGGUUUUCUGAAAGAGUACGACCAACCAAGAUCACUCGUACCUUUUAUACAGACGGAAAUGCUUCUGAUCGAUGGAUUGCUGAGUUCGAAAGCGAAUCUUUACUGGAUAGAGCCCAAGGCAUCAAACGUUUACUUAUGGGACGCUCUAUAAAGAUGUGCCAGAUUUCUAACGAGGACGCAGAUGAGCUGAUGAAAAUCGAAGAUAUUUAUGGAGAACGAAGGAAAGAAGAUAGUGAAAAGUACAUGAGUGAGGUGUCUCAUUUCAACAACGUGCCAGCUACCCGUGGUAGAGGUGGAUCAACAUUUUUCCCAGCACCAGUGCGAGGUGCUAGCACGCCUUCGUAUGGUCGUGGAGGUGCUCAUCCGCCGCCAUUAUUGGGGAUGGGGGCUCAUGGGUACCGUGGUAUGGGUCGUGGUGUCCCAUCGAUGCCUUCUUAUGACAGUAGGGGCCGAGGACGUGGAGUUGGUGGCUUUAGAGGUCGAGGCGGAUUUCGUGGUCGAGAGGACAAACCUUACAUGAGAUCGAGCCGAGAUGGUGUAGAAAAUGGCGAUGAGAAUUAUCACGGGGACAUAUCCGGAUCAGCAUCCUUAGCUCCAGGCAGUCCAGAACCACAACCUGUAUCCGCUACUGACGAUCUGGUCGCUUCAUUAGGACCAAAAGCGGUUAUCCCGUAG